CCCACCUUCCUGCUCCCUCGUCACCCUGUGCCACUCCUGGAGCUUACACAAACCUUGACACUUGAGAGAUGCUACUGCUUCUCUGCCAUUCCCUCCUGCUCAUCCUUGCUCAAGAGUGCUUCAGCAGGGCGCAGAACAAUGGACAGCUGCCAGCUCCUCAGGGCGGGCGGGCUGCGACCGAGAGGCGCCAGUUCUGCCAGUGGCCCUGCAAGUGCCGGGAGAGACCUUACUGUGCUCCUGGUGUGAGCUCUGUCCUGGAUGGGUGUGGCUGCUGUAAGAGCUGCGCCCGACAAAUUGGAGAGCCGUGCAAUGAGAGGGACGUGUGUGACCCACACAAGGGCAUGUAUUGUGACUUCUCAGCAGACAAGCCAAGAUACGAGGUUGGAGUGUGUGCAUACAUGGUGGCGGUGGGCUGUGACCUGAAUGGGGUCCACUAUGAGAAUGGAGACGCUUUCCAGCCCAGCCCCCUCUACAAGUGUACAUGCAUCGCUGGAGCCAUUGGCUGUACCCCUGCUUUCAUCCAGAAGCCUGCUGGUCUCUUAGGCCCUGCUGCACUAAUGGGCAACAUACCAGCUGGCCUCCGCAGUGGCCAGAGCACAAACAAGCACCAGCAGGACACUACCUACAUGUCAGGUUACAGGGAUCCUCCUUUAGCCUGGAAGAAGAACUGUCUGAUCCAGACCACCCAGUGGAGUCCCUGCUCCAAGACUUGUGGCCUGGGCAUCUCUGUACGCAUCAACAACGAUAACAGCAUGUGUGAGAUGAGAAAAGACCGCCGCCUGUGCCUGCUGCGACCAUGUGAGAAAAGCGUACUUAAGAGCAUUAAGGUCCCGAAGGGAAAGACGUGCCGACCCAAAUUCCAGGCAAAGAAAGCAGAGAAGUUGACUCUCUCUGGCUGCACCAGCACCAAGAAAUUUAAGCCCACAUACUGUGGUGUCUGUACAGACAAGCGCUGCUGUGUCCCCAACAAGUCACGCAUGAUCAAAGUCAACUUCACCUGCAAAGGUGGCUCCAACACACAGUGGAAGAUGCAAUGGAUAAUGUCCUGUGUGUGUCAGAGGAAGUGCAACGAUCCAGGCGAUAUGUUUUCUGACCUGCGCUUACUCUAAAGGACCCCGAAAGUCACAGACAGGGUAGUAUGAGCCCU